CCUUGUCGCCCGGUGCGUGGGUUCGCGCCUCCUCAGCACGGACGCCGCCGUCGACUUCCUCACAGGAUCCCCUCUCGUACGGCUCCUCAACCUCAACCUCCCCGCGACCGCUGCCCUCCAUCGCGAGUCUUCCGCUGCCUCCACCCCUCAAAUCCACCAAAGGUAUCCCAGAACAGAGAAGGGAAGUAGAAGAAGAGGCGUUCUCUUUUCGGCAGGGCUAUAUCUUCCCGAUGUUCCGGAUCGCCUCCCGCUCGGGCCUGCUUGGUGGCAAGAGAUGCUACAGCGCCGCCACCAAGGGCGGCCUCUCAAUCAGUGGCGUAAGUGACAUCAUUGCGGUCGCCUCGGGGAAAGGCGGUGUCGGCAAGUCCACCACUGCAGUUAACAUUGCUGUAGCUCUUGCGAAGGAGUUCAAGCUUAAAGUCGGUUUGCUAGAUGCUGACAUAUAUGGACCAUCCAUUCCUACAAUGAUGCAUCUGGAUGAAAAGCCUGAAGUAAGUGAAGACAUGAAGAUGAUUCCAGUUGAGAACCAUGGAGUGCGAUGUAUGUCCAUCGGGUUUCUUGUAGAAAAAGAUGCGCCAAUCGUUUGGAGAGGUCCUAUGGUAAUGAGUGCUCUUGAGAAGAUGACAAGGGGAGUAGCCUGGGGUAAUCUGGAUAUUCUUGUUGUUGAUAUGCCCCCAGGCACUGGUGACGCUCAACUAUCAAUGUCCCAAAGGCUUCGCUUAUCUGGAGCUUUAAUUGUCUCUACUCCUCAAGAUAUUGCUCUGAUUGAUGCCAGAAGAGGAGCAAACAUGUUUCGUAAAGUUCAAGUUCCUAUUCUAGGAUUAGUAGAGAACAUGAGUUGCUUCAAGUGCCCAAAGUGUGAUGAGAAGUCUUACAUUUUUGGGAAAGGUGGAGCUCAGAGAACUGCGGAGGACAUGGAUAUGAAAUUUCUUGGUGAGAUACCUCUUGAAAUCGACAUCCGAACAGGCUCGGAUGAAGGAAAACCAAUUGUAAUAUCUUCGCCAAACUCUGCAUCAGCUCAAGCUUACCUGGGUGUUGCUGAGAAGGUAACUCAGAGGCUCAAGGAGUUAGCCGAGGAGCGAUUGAUGGGCCCAGAAAUUUCGCUUUGAGUAUAUGUUGGCCUAUGUGUAUCAUCUCUUUUCGGUUUGUAGAAUCAAACCAUUUUGCUUUAGAAGAACAGCCAUUCUGAUGAGCCAUGUCCUUGCGCAAACGUGUCAUUAGCUCGACUGGGCAUUCUGAUAGCUACUUUUAAGCAGCUUUUAGUUUCUGUAUUGACUGGGAUAUUGAAUCAAGCAAGGCCGUCUGGUACUGGUUCUACUAUGGUGUGGCUGCUAGCCAUUGCUAUUCCAGGACAUCCUUUUUUAGUACUCCGUAGGUGGGUCGACCCCGCUGGUAGACGGCGAGAUGGAAGAACUUUGUAUUCAUCUAUUUACUUUUUGAACAGCGGAACAUGUUAUUCCAGACAAUACUUUGUGA